AUGGCACCACCUACCAAAUCCCACAAGAUUGGCAUCAUUGGCUGUGGCAUUAGCGGCAUAGCCGCCGCCAAGCAGCUUUCGGAACACGAGCCCGUCGUUUUUGAGGCCACCGACUCCAUCGGAGGGGUUUGGAGGCACUGUUCAUACACCUCAACCAAACUGCAAACCCCUCGCUGUGACUUUGAGUUCUCCGAUUUUCCUUGGAGUACUCAAACAGACUAUGCAACUGAUUUUCCUUCUUAUCAAGAAAUAUUGGACUAUUUGUAUUCGUAUGCCACGUACUUUGACGUUUUGAGAUUCGUCAAGUUCAACUCAAAGGUAGUCGAACUUCGCUACAUAGGCGAACCUGAAAAUUCGGGCGAAUAUGGGAAUUUUUCCCUCGGCCAUCCCGUGUGGGAAGUAGGAGUUAAGACCACCCAAUCUCAAAACAUUCAGUGGUACGAAUUCGAGUUUCUGGUGAUCUGUACCGGAAAGUAUGGGGAUGUGGCGGCAAUACCGAAAUUCCCAGAAAACAAAGGCCCUGAAAUAUUUGAAGGUAAAGUUCUCCACACUAUCGACUACUGUAAGCUCAACCAGGAUGAGUCGACUCAGUUGCUGAAAGAUAAGAAGGUUGUCGUAGUUGGCUACAAGAAAUCGGCUAUAGAUUUGGCGGUCGAAUGUGCUGAAGCAAACCAAGUCGAGUUGGACGGUGGGGAAAGGCUGGAUGCGGAUGUGGUGGUUCUUGCAACUGGUUUCGAUGGCAAACAGAAGUUGAAAGCAAUAUUUCCAGACUCAUUUCGUGCUCUACUGGACUUUCCUAACAGCAUGAUGCCCUUGUACAGAGGCACGAUCAACCCAUUGAUACCAAAUACGGCAUUUGUUGGGUACAUAGAGAGUGUGUCAAACCUCCAGACGGCCGAAAUACGGUGCAAGUGGCUAUCACGUCUGCUGGCCGGACAUUUCAAACUCCCGAGCUCCGAGCGAAUGCUGUGGCACAUAACAGAGGAGAUGGAGAUAAUGAAGAGAGCCACAAGGUUCUUCAAAAGGAGUUGCAUCUCAACUUUCAGCAUCAACCACACUGACCACAUUUGUGAGGAAAUGGGGUGGAACUCUUGGAGGAAACCUAACUGGCUCGCUGAGGCUUUUAGCCCUUAUACCAGCCGAGAUUAUCGACAACACCAAAAAUAG